AUGCUUGCUGAAACGACUUCCGUCAUCGCUGAGGACAUAAGAUCGGCGCGCAUUGCCUCCAAAUUUCGGCCUUGUGUAGUCACCAUUGAUGAUAAUGCCAGCGUGUCAUCUGCGAGCAGCAACACAUCUGCAUCGCGGAGUCACACUGUAAAGUCAGUACAUGAGAUGAUUGACUUUGCUCUCGUCCUCAAACCAGAUCAGGAGCUUGCGAGCAUUAUCGAACAGUACACAAAACUAUCAACUGACAGGACAGUCAAUCAAACGACUUACUCUCCGCUGAAGAUUCGCGCUGUGCCGGUCUUCAUCAAGACCAAAAUGACAUCUGCAAAGAUCGAGACGUCAGACGCGCAGCUUGGAGUCUGGAUAGCAGCGUGGCAUGAGAGUCUGUACAGUAUCAUGGUCUGCGGGGGAAAUCAUGAGCGCAUUAUUACGGUUCCUCUCAUCCAAGUGCUCAAAGGGACAUGGACUGUCAUGUUUUCUGUGGACGGGGAAAACGAACUUAAAAUUGUCGACGGUGGGCAGGCGAUGAUUGGGAAUAGCAAUUCGUUGAUGGGCAUGUAUCAGCUUCAAGCUGCUUUCAAGGCGAUCACUCAGUGGAUGGAAGAGCCGCUCAAGGGGUGGAUCACGAGGAUUCUAACAACAGCGUUGGUAGAUUUGGUUUUGAGAACGACAGAAUAUAAUUCACGACUUUACGAAGAUAAGAAGUAA